AUGCACGGCACUACUCUGCCACCAUGGGUGCAAGCGUCAAUGGAAGACUGGGUCACCUCCAAUUCACGGCAAUAUCAAUACGAAAACCUACCGCCAUAUCAACUCGCGCGCACCAACACUAUUCCAAACGUGACUGCGAAUCCAGUACUGCCGGCUCCAGCUACCAAUCCAAGCCUGGCAGCAUACGAGAGGUACCAAGCAGACCUGGUAGCUCAGGACCUCGCGCACCGCAAAGCAGAGGCAGACGCGCAGGCCGAGCGGUGCGCUCGCGAGCGUUGGAGUGCACAACUUGAGGCACAUCUCGACCUUGAGGAGAAAUUAAGGAGACACUAUAUACCUGAUCCUGCUCCUGCUCUUGCCCCGACCGCGGCCCCGGCCCCGGACCCAGUACUUUCGAGCCCGAGUACAACGAGCACUAGCGAGCGUGAGAGGCAGAAGAAAGAUGCCGAAGAUCUUGAGAAGUUGAGGGAGGAGGCGAGAGAAAGAAAGUUGCGAGAGAUGUGGGAUAAUAGACUUGGCGGCUUGAAAGGCGAGAUCGGAGGGCUGAGGAAGGUCAUUGAAGGGGAUCGGGAAAAGAGGGAACGCAGGGAGGAGAUGGAUGCUAUCAGGGCUGUGGCGAGGGCUGAGGCUGAGGAGAGGCUUAGAACGGGAUCCAGGAGAAGCCGCAGCCGGAUCCAGAGCGUCAGCCGCAGCCGCAGCCGAAGCCGAAGCCGAAGCCGGAGCCGAGGAAGAGGACGAGGACGCGGCGGUCAGAGGAGAGGAGGAGGGUAUAGAAGCGGAACCAACGGUUUGGAUCUCAACGAUUUCGGAUCCCUUCUCGUCUCAACCAUCAACGCCUCGAAGACACCGCGUGGAUACUACGACGGCAGUGGUAUCGGCAGCCAGCAAGGCUUCCUGCCAACCACCAACGCGUACCCGCCAUCCCACAGCCUGCAGCUCGGUCAUGAUCGCCAAUUCGAGUCCGGGUCCGCCCUCAACACCACCGCUCGCCAUCUCUCUAGCAAGCUGGACGACCUGGAACUUGGACAGCGGGGACUCGGGACCAAGUUUGACCGUGUCGAGGGCUUUGUGGGGUCUCGCUUUGAUCGUGUCGAGGGGAGGCUGGACGACAUGGGGGUCAAGGGGGCCGAGCGACACCGCGAUCUGACUGGGAAGCUGGAGAGGCUGCAUGAGAGGAGCGAGGAGAGGUUUUUGGAUUUGAAUGAUUCCUUGAGGAGCUUUACCUAUGCGGUGGGGAGGGGUGCUAGGUCUUGA